CCUGGGGCGCGCAGGGAGGUGGGGCUGCCUGGGUCACGGCUGCCUGGGUUCCGCUGAUUGCUUGUGCAGGGUAGUCGAGCCUUCCUCGUAAGGUUUCCCGACCAGCUUCUAGGCCUCCUCCGUUUCCUUCUUUGCACCAUGGCUUUUGUAACGAGGCAGUUCCUGCGCACCGUGUCCUCUACGUCCACAGCUUCCGCCUCCGCGAAGAAAAUCGUUGUCAAGCACGUGGCAGUCAUCGGCGGCGGGCUGAUGGGUGCCGGCAUUGCCCAGGUUGCUGCAACAACUGGCCACACAGUCGUGUUGGUAGACCAGACAGAGGACAUCCUGGCAAAAUCCAAAAAGGGAAUUGAGGAGAGCCUUAGGAGAAUAGCCAAGAAGAAGUUCGCAGAAAACCCCAAGGCAGGUGAUGAGUUUGUGGGGAAGGCCCUGAGCAGCAUCUCAACCAACACGGACUCGGCGUCUGUCGUGCACAGCGUGGACCUGGUGGUGGAGGCCAUUGUGGAGAAACUGCAGGUGAAGACCGAGCUCUUCAAGAGGCUGGACAAGUUUGCUGCUGAACACACAAUCUUUGCCAGCAACACUUCCUCUUUGCAGAUCACGAGCAUAGCCAACGCCACCACCAGACAAGACCGAUUCGCUGGGCUCCAUUUCUUCAACCCAGUGCCCAUGAUGAAGCUCGUGGAGGUCAUUAAAACACCAAUGACCAGCCAGAAGACGUUCGAAUCUCUGGUGGACUUUAGCAAAGCCCUGGGAAAGCAUCCUGUUUCUUGCAAGGACACCCCGGGGUUUAUCGUGAACCGCCUGCUGGUGCCGUACCUCAUGGAGGCAGUCCGGCUGUUCGAACGAGGUGACGCGUCCAAGGAAGACAUCGAUACUGCUAUGAAGUUGGGGGCUGGGUACCCCAUGGGCCCCUUUGAACUUCUGGAUUACGUCGGGCUGGAUACUACGAAGUUCAUCAUGGAUGGGUGGCAUGAGAUGGACGCGCAGAACCCCUUGUUUCAGCCCAGCGCAUGCAUGAAUAAGAUGGUAGCAGAGAACAAGCUCGGCAAGAAGACUGGAGAAGGAUUUUACAAAUACAAGUAACAAGUGCAGGUUCUGUGGCUCUGAGAAGAACUCCGUAAGCUGGUACCAGCAGUUGCCCCGAGUGCCUGCGGGGAUGCUCUUGGGUCAGACUUCCUCUUACCCAGCACAGUCUGUUAGAUGUGCCUUUUGGUUAUAAUCUGUCUGACAUGAUUAUUUACAUAUAGCAGAGUCCUCCACUGAAAAUGAAAGCCCUUUUUUCAGUCUGUUCAUUUCUUUGUGUUUUCGAAAAAGCUUUACACCCUUGGUGCCUUGGAGCAAACAUUUUUUUUGAACCUCAUCAUUUUCAUAACUCCUUGCCUGAACACAUUCACCUGUGGAGGGGAACGCGCGUCCUCGGAGAGCGGGCCAGGUGCGUCACCGCCGCAGCGGCGUGGCUGUCGACGGGCCGUGGUGUGUCUGCAGUGUGGUCGGGAGGGGCACUGCAUUGUGCCUUCCUGAGAACGUUGGCUGCCUGCAGCUUCAAGCCUUCCCAUACAUUCUGGGCUCGACCUAAGUAUCCCGUCUCUACUCACGUCGUCAGGAUGCGCUGCUGAAUUGUCAGGAGCGCCUCCAUGUGCUUGGACCGCGGGAAGAGGGCUCCUCCACAUCUGCAAUCAGAAUAAUUAUGGUCUGUCUCUUUUUUUUUUUCCAUGAGAAAUAUUACCGCAAACUGCCUAUAAAUUGACUCCAAUAAAUAUAUUCUUUUAAUCUGUGAAAUUUUGAAAUGAAAUAAACAUGUAUAAUUUAAAGUAA